AUGGAUGCAGAGAGACAAAGUGUGUGUGUGUGUGAGCCAGAGGGUAGGAAGCUUGGCUUGGCUCCUGUGUGUGUGCUGCUCGGUGGUCAUUCUCCUCGCGUCCUCUUGUGAUUCGUCAGGCUCUGCUGCCCCAGCUGUGAUGAAUCGGCAGAAUUCCUCAGCUCUGCACAAGGGCAACGGAUUAAUCAUGGCAAGCCUAAUGCUGGCAGACACACACACACACUAGCACAUUAUGGCUUGGAAUAGGUGAACAAAAGGCAGCGGUGGAAGUGGGGAGUUAUGGCCCGUCACUCUGUAUUGAUAUUUACCUGAUCAUGAUGCAUCACUUUCCAUAACUUGUUUAGUUUAACUCUAUCAGUGAAAAUAUCCAUUAAACCUAGAGUAAAUCUGUUCAAGCCAAGGACAUAGGAGGACUUAGGGUCAGUGGUGGUGUAGAUCAGCAGCACAGAGCAGAGGAAUGUGUCUCCUGAUGAGCAAUGGCCCAUUCAUCCUGAGAAUGACAGCCUGGGUAUUGUGCGGGGUUAAUGGUCUGGUUUAGUCAUCCUGGCAGCUCUGCAUGCCCAACCAGUGACCACUGCACUCAAUCUCUCACACUCUCUUUGUCAGUCUGCCUGUCUCUCUGACUGUCUGUCUGUGUACCUCACUCACCCUCACACUCGUGCGUUGUUGCUCUUAUGCUCUCCAGGGCCCAACUUGGAUUUGUUCCAAACCCCUCCUACUUCUCCAGUGACCACCACCCUGCCUGGUCUCACUCCGAUCACACCCUCUAUACCAGGCCAGCUGGCGGUCCCAGCACCAGUCACAGCCCUAGCCCUAGCCCCAGCUCCAGGCCCAACACCAGUCACAGCCCCAGCCUUAGCUCCAGCCCUAAGUGGGAAGAGACCCCUGCCCAUCAGCCCAGGCUACUCUGUGAUUGGUCCUGGGUUUAUCUCCCUGCAAGGAAGGACAGGAAGUAAUGCAGCAGUGCCUGAAGGGUGGGUUGUGAUGGGGCGUAAUGGAGGCCCCACCAGGUCUAGUCCCAGGAUCCCUGUACCCCAGGGGAAGAGCUCAACGAUGAGCCCCACCAAGAGUCCUUCAUCCCUGGGUAGCUCCCUGUCCUCGGCCAGCCCGGUUAGCCUGGUCAGCCCCUCGGGGCAGAGCGGGAAGGAGAAGGACAGUGGGCUGAGCCUGACUACACUGGAGCACCAUGGGGCUACAGACAACCAGGGAGAGAUUGAGAGACUGGUGGAGGAGUGUAGGACAGCACUGGGUCUCAGUCCCAGUCAGUAUGCAACACUGAACAGCGCGGGUAAGAGCAGCACAUACUGUACAUAAACAUUACCACUCCCUCUUUAUAGCAAUGCCUAAAAUAAUCCCCCAGUAUGAAAUGCAUGAUCUCAUACCUCUGAAUUAUGUGAAUGUCUACUUCCAAAUGCAUCUUUCUCUCCUCCCCCCUCUCUCGCGCUUACUCUCUUUCUCCUUUUUCUCCCCUCCCCUCCCUCUGUCAGAUGUGUUGAAGCAUCUGCUAGUGGAGCGUCAGGAGUUGACCGCUGAGGUCCAGAGUCUACAGGAGACCAUGCAG